CGUCUUAGCUCUGGUUGUCAGCAAAAAGCAACCUAUGAGAUCACAACAGCGGAACUCUUUAUUAAUGAUUAAUGUAAACCUAUAAAUGAGGAGUCAGUCGAGACCGGUGCCAAUAGGGUACUGAACACUCAGAGUGUGUGGAGCACAGCACGUUUCCAAAGUCAGAACCAGGAUUACAACCCAGUUCGCUGCCUGCCUGUUCAGUAGUUUACUGACUGGCAGCCAUGCGUCUCCUCGGGUCCUCAGUCAUUCUCUCGCUCCUGCUGCAGACUAUGUCUGCGCCGCUGGAGGACUGGCAGACGGCCAAGUCCAUUUAUGAGUUCUCUGCCACAGAUAUAGAUGGCAACGAGGUGUCCCUCGAGAAGUACAGGGGCGACGUUGUCAUCAUCACCAACGUUGCCUCUAAAUGAGGCAAGACCCCCGUGAACUACUCUCAGUUUGCAGAGAUGCACGCCAAGUAUGCUGAGAGAGGUUUACACAUCCUAGGCUUCCCUUCCAACCAGUUUGGAAAACAGGAGCCGGGCACUGAUGCUCAAAUCAAGGAGUUUGCAAAAUCAUACAAUGCCCACUUUGCCAUGUUCAGUAAAAUCGAUGUGAAUGGGGAUAAUGCCCACCCUCUGUGGAAGUGGCUGAAGGACCAGCCCAACGGCAAAGGAUUCUUUGGAAAUGGUAUCAAGUGGAACUUCACCAAGUUCCUUAUUGACCGGCAGGGGAAUGUUGUGAAGAGGUAUUCACCACUGCAGGAUCCAAGUGUGGUGGAGAAGGAUCUCCCCAAGUACCUGUAACUCUUUCGGCCCUGCCCUCCCACUCACUCUCCAGCAAUGAAUCAGGAAGUGGAGGCUCUGCCCCAGACGAGUGACGGUCUGUCCCUAAACCCAGUCCCUGGACAGGUCAGACCUGAUGCAUUUGGCGUGCAACAUUUCUGGGAGGAGCAACUAUUCCUUGAUUAUCCACUGGAGAGACCCCAAAUCCCUCGACACUCCAACCAUCACAGAUGGUUUCUGAGUACAAACGUAGACUAGGACUUCACUCAUUUUAAGACAUUUGUAAUAAUAUAAAUGAUUAAUGAUAGUGAAAAUAAAGGUAUUUACAAGCUCAA